AUGCUGAGAGAUAGAGAUGGCAGGACACCGCUGAUGGCCGCUGCUUUUUAUAAUUCACCAGACGUUGUCAGAUUCUUGGUAUCUCUCAGAACUUUGAACGUUAACUUGAAAGAUAUUGACGGCGAGUCUGCUCUCUAUCAAGCAUCGUUGGCGGGAAACGCUGAAAUUGUUGAUAUCUUAAUUGGUGCUGGGGCAGACGUCGAAUCCAAAAACAAGGAAGCCGGUUCAACUCCUCUAAUCGUUGCCGCAUACAACGGCCAUGCAAGAGUAUGCAGCAUACUAUUGGACCGUGGCCGGGCAGAUGUCAAUUCUCAAGACUAUACACAAAAGACAGCUCUAGCACUCGCAGCAGUUGAAGGCCACUAUGAUGUCGUAAACGUAUUACUAUCAAGAAGAGCAAGCGUAAACACAGUAGAUCAGGAAGGAUGGUCUGCGCUUAUGCUUGCAGCAUACGGAGGUUCCAUCGACGUGUGCCGUCUUUUGCUCGAUCACAAUGCGGACAGGACUAUAACUACAAGAAAUGGCAAAACAGCAUCAUCAAUUGCACUCUCAGCCGGUCACGACGCAGUAGCACACCUUAUAGAUAACUAUAUUCCGGUUCAGUCACGUCCACCAGCACCUCCAGUCAUGAACCCAAUGGCAACGCCAAUGAUGCCACAAUCAGCACCCGCAGGUCCUCCUUACGAUCAACAACAGCAGUUCCCACCGCCGGGAAUGCCAAUUCAAGAUGACAUGUACGCACCACGCGGUGUUUUUAUGCCACUCGAGGCAACAAACACACGGCGAGUUGCAUUACGACCAAAGAAUGCAGCCCGUCAAGCUGCAUACCAAAGAGCAGACCCGAACGGAUUUCCCGGAGAAUCUAGACCAAUACCGCGUCCGAAACAGGAUAUGAAGCCUCGAGAAGAUAACUCACCCUGGGUCAUAUUCUCACUCAUAACUACCGGUUGUUUCUGUAACAUAUGUUUGUCUGGUAUCGCUAAAAUGAAAGAUCCGAACGUUCGUCAGGCUUGGAGAGAAAAGGUUGCACUAUGUGUUAUCAUACUACUGAUUUCAGCAUUCAUGGGAUUCCUGACGUUUGGUCUAUCAACGCUUGCAUGUCGGAAAAAAGUUCCAUUAUAUGAACAAGACAUUUUACGUUUGUUUGGACCAAACGCCCCUGGCGAAAAGGUCCACAUUGUGCGCGGCCGAUUAUAUAACACUGGCGUAUACUUUCUAACUGGCAGUCACAGGCCAAUUGCUCCGUUCAACGAUGACGACUUGAAUCCAAUAAUAUCACAAUUAUUUGGCAGUGACAUUUCCGGGUUUUUCCCUCUCGAUUAUGCAAGUAUGGGAUGUAACGCACCUCAAAAUAAUGGACAAAUAUGUACGCAAGGACUUACGGAUAAGAGAUACCAUUGUCAUACCUCAAGAGCGUCCCAGCUCGUUCUUAGGAGUCUAUUUACAAACACUUUUGUCGGAUUCACUUGGAAUAAUAUAACAAGUGGUACACGUGAUCUUUUUGUAUACAAUGAAAACGUAUAUGAUAUGACCGAUUAUCUAAGUCCACAGAAUACGGAUUUUUGGCUAGGUGAUGAUGUAGUCACCGCAUGGAUAAGAGGCCUUAUCGGUCGAGACGCAACAAAAGAUAUCGUUCACGCUAGAAAUACAACAAAUAUAGCCAAAUGUUUGGAACAUUUCAAAGUAGGACUGAUAGAUGGAACGACCAUCGGCUGCUUUGCUACCAAUUUAGUCUUGGCUCUGAUGAUUGGAGUAUUCACAGGGAUAACGAUAAUAAAAUUCGUUUCUGCAAUGGCAUUCGACUGGUUCUUAUCUUGGCAAUUGGGUAAGAUAUCCAAAAAGCCUAAACCAAACGACGCUAUCAGUAACAUUCUGCUUCUAGUUACUUGUUAUUCUGAGGGCGAACAAUCGAUGAGAGCCACUUUAGAUUCAUUGGCAAAGUCGACGUAUUCCGACGAGCAUAAACUACUAUUUGUCAUUGCUGAUGGCGAUAUUACCGGCUCGGAAAACGAUCGAUCAACUCCACAAAUUUGCAUUGAUUUACUCGAAAAGCAAUUUCCAGAUGCACCCCCGCCAGAGCCACAAUCCUAUAUUGCAAUCGGUGAUGGGAAGAAACAACAUAACAUGGCACAAGUAUACACCGGAUAUUACAACGUCGCUGAUCACCGUGUGCCAAUGAUUGUGAUUGUCAAAUACGGCACUCCCGAAGAACGCAAAGGACCAAAAGCAGGGAAUCGUGGUAAACGUGAUUCCCAACUGAUUUUAAUGAGAUGGCUCAGUCACAUAUGUUUCAACGAGAAUAUGUGUCCCUUGGAAUACGACCUGUUCGAAAAGGUUCAUCGUCUGACCGGAGUGACUCCUGACAAGUAUGAAAUGGUACUGAUGGUUGACGCCGAUACCCUCGUGAAACCAGAUAGUGUCAGUCGUAUGGUUGCUGCCAUGGAACGUGACCCUAAAGUCAUGGGAUUAUGUGGUGAGACUAAGAUAGCAAACAAAUCAGAGAGUUGGGUUACUAUGGUUCAGGUAUUCGAAUAUUACAUCUCCCAUCAUCUUGGAAAGGCGUUUGAAUCCAUAUUUGGUGGUGUCACCUGUUUACCAGGAUGUUUCUGCAUGUAUCGAAUCAAAGCACCUAAAUUUGAAAACUACUUUGUGCCAAUCCUUGCCAACCCAGACAUUGUGGAAGCGUACUCAUCCAACACUGUGGAAACGUUGCAUCAGAAGAAUCUGCUACUUCUCGGAGAAGAUCGUUAUUUGACCACACUGAUGUUACGAACGUUCCCCAAGCGCAAGAUGAUCUAUGUACCGAAAGCCAUUUGCAAGACCGUCGUGCCCGACGAGUUUAAGGUUUUACUUUCUCAGAGGCGUCGUUGGAUCAAUUCAACCGUUCACAAUCUCAUGGAGCUUAUCCUUGUCCCUCAAUUGUGUGGCAUUUUCUGUUGCUCUAUGCAAUUUGUCAUCUUUCUCGAAUUGAUUGGAUCAGUAGUGAUGCCAUCCUCUUUCCUUUUCCUGAUCUAUUUAAUAGUUUGUUUAGCAUUGGGACAGAACGUUGUACUACCAUUAAUUUUUGUUGCGAUAAUGUUCUUCCUGCCGUCAUUUUUGAUUGUGCUUUCUUCACGCAGAAUCAUGUAUAUUGUGUGGAUGAUAGUAUAUGUUUUUGCUCUGCCGAUCUGGAAUUUUAUUCUCCCAGUCUAUGCGUUCUGGCAUUUCGAUGACUUUUCAUGGGGUGCUACUCGUAAGAUUGCUGGAGUUGACAAUGGCCAUGGAGAUGGUGGCACGGACGUGUUUGAUCCCAAAGUCGUGCCGAUGAAAAAAUGGCACGAAUGGAAGAUGGAAGAACGACAACGCAAUUAUGCACCAAAAUAUUGA